AUGCAGAAUCUUCCUUUGUCAGUCAUAGUGCCAGGGCUCCUGGGGGCCGGUGCGUUUGUGGUGUCCAUCUGGCGCGCCUUCUUUUCUGGUCUAGCGUCUGUUCCUGGGCCACUCCUCGCGAGGUUUACAGACCUCUGGUACACCUUCCGUAUCUACUGUGGUCAUUUCGAAAAGGAUAGCCUCGAGCUUCACAAGAAGCACGGUGCCAUUGUUAGAUAUGGCGUGAAUAGGUACAGCAUCUCCGAUCCCAUGGCAGCCAAGGUCAUCUACGGCACCGGAAGCAAAUUCACCAAGUCUUCGUGGUACGAAACAUGGUCAAAUCCCCACCCAGAUGCCUGGAACAUCUUCGGAGACCGCGAUCCAAAGCGCUAUGCCCUCAACCGUCGUCAGUACCAGAAUACCUAUAGUAUGUCUUCCCUCGUCAACUAUGAAUCGUACGUCGAUGACUGCGCGGACCUACUCUGCCAGAGGCUCGAGGAGAUGAGUGCUAAAGACGGCUCGGAUGGGGCUGGGGCCGUCAACAUGGGACACUGGCUUCAAUGCUACGCCUUUGAUGUCAUCGGGAUGAUUACCUACUCGAAGCGAAUGGGCUUUUUGGACUUCGGAGAGGAUGUCGGAGAUGUGAUGCGGAACCUCGAGGAUCAUCUCGCCUACGCCACUCUCGUGGGCGUGUAUCCCUGGCUACAUCCCAUCAUUUUCAACAUCCGCAAUUGGCUUGCCGGUUCCCGAGGAAAAGGAAGGCAGUUCAUCCUAAACUUUACUCAGGAUUGCAUGGCUGCUCACCAAGCUAAGCCCAAAGCUCAAAUAGCAGAAGAGGGCUUGAAGACCAGGGACGGGGAUCAGGGAGGGACCCUCGACUUCCUCUCGAAGUUUAUGCAGAAGCACGCAGAAAACCCCGAAGUCUUCACUAGCUACCACGCGCUGGCCGGAUGCACUUCGAACAUGGUUGCCGGGUCCGAUACCACCUCCAUCAGCCUGAGCGCAAUCUUGUACUACGUCCUGCGCAACCCGGACGUUCUAAAGAGGCUCCAGCAAGAGGUCGACGAGCACUGCCCACAGGACAAGUCCUCACCUCACAUUACCUUUAGCCAAAGUCAGGACAUGCCGUAUCUGCAGGCAGUUAUCAAAGAGGCUCUGCGAAUGCACCCGGCGACCGGCUUGCCGCUUGAACGGAUUGUCCCAGAGGGCGGUGUAACCAUUAGCGGAGUGUUUUUCCCCGAGGGGGUCACUGUGGGAAUUAACAGUUGGGUCGAGCACAACAAUAAGUCCAUAUUCGGCGAGGACGCAGAUGUCUUUAACCCCGAUAGGUGGCUCCAAGAAGACAAGGAGAGGGUAGCCGCAAUGACUCGUCACUGGAUGCCGCUCUCGCUCAGUUUGGUCUAG